AUGGCAGCCUACUGCAACGAGGUCCGUAAGCUCGAGGACAAGUUCGACGGGUUGGAGCUCAACCACGUCGCAAGGCGCUUCAACGAAGCCGCUGACGAGCUGGCGAAGGCGGCGUCCGGCCGGAUGCCCGUCCCCGACGGCGUUUUCAUUAGCGACCAGUCGAAGCCUUCAAUCCGUUAUCUGGACCCGGCAGGGGUCGGCGAAGCCCCCCCAGCCCUGGGAUCGGGACCCGAGCCAGGGGAGGUCGGCGACUCGCCACCUGUCCCGGACCCAAGCCCCCCAAUCGACUGGAGAGCCCCGUACCUCGACUACCUUGUCCGCGGCACGCUCCCGGCGGACAAAACAGAGGCUCGCAGGAUCGCGCGCCGUGCAAAAUCCUUCACCAUCAUCGACCAGGAGCUCUACAAGAGAAGUCACACUGGGAUCCUCCAGCGCUGCAUCCCGGUCGAGCAGGGAAAGGCGCUGAUCCAGGAUAUCCACGCCGGGGCUUGUGGUCACCACGCCGCGCCAAGGACACUCGUUGGCAACGCCUUCCGACAAGGUUUUUACUGGCCAACCGCGGUCGCGGAUGCUACCCAGGUAGUCCGCACCUGUGAAGGAUGCCAGUUCUUUGCCCACCAAACUCACCUGCCCGCGCAGGCGUUGCAAACCAUCCCCAUCACGUGGCCGUUUGCGGUCUGGGGGCUGGACCUCUUCACCGGGAAGAGAUUUCUCCAGUUCUGCGACGACCACCACAUUCGAGUGGAUUGGGAGGCAGUGGCGCACCCCCGCACGAACGGGCAAGUCGAGCGAGCCAACGGCAUGAUACUCCAGGGUCUCAAGCCACGGAUCUUCGACCGCCUUAAAAAGUUCGGCGGACGGUGGGUUGCGGAGCUUCCAGCAUUCCUCUGGAGCUUGAGGACGACCCCCAGCCAGGUUGCAGAUGCAUGUGCUUUGUACAAGUCUGAAGAUGAACAUCAGAAAGCAUUCCAGUUCAUGCAUUGCUGGAAUAAGCUGAGAACACAACCAAAAUGGCUUUCUAAAAUUGAUGAAUUGGCUAUUGCUAAAACAUCUAACAAGAAGCAGGAGACAAGUUCAACUACUGAUCCGAGUGCAAGUUUACCAAAUGAAAUAAUUCAAGGUGAGGUUCAAGCUAUAGAGCAUAAUGCAUUGACAAGGCUAAUUGUAUUAUCCUUCAUGCUGUUCAUUGUGAAGCUAUCAUGGGACGUCGGCUCUGAUCAGGAGAAGACCUCCCUGCUCCAGUUCAUUGCAUGA